UGAACCAAGGAAACAAAUGGACGAGGUUGUUACCAUAGCUAGCUGCAAAUUAAAGAAGCAUGAAGCUUUUCCUCUGUUUUCUUCUUCUAACUGCACUCUCUCUGCCAUUCCUUUCCUCUAUAUCCGCCGACACCUUAGAUGAUAACUUUUACAUCAGUCUCAAAUGGCCAAAGAGUCAGUGUCAAAGCAAGGAAGGCUGUUGCCUCCCAAAGAAAGGAAACCCUUCUUUAAAUGAUUUUGUCAUUUAUGAAUUUCAAAGAGAUUUUGUAUCGAAUUGCCCAAAUGGAACCAAAUUCCAACCAUCAAAGAUUGCAGAUUUGGUGCCGAGUUUGCAAAAAUAUUGGCCCUCCUUGAGUUGUCCUAGUAGAGAUAGCAAGAGGUUGUGGAUGGAAGAAUGGUACAAGUUUGGUACUUGUGUAGAACCAGAAUAUAAUCAGCAUGAUUACUUUGCUGCAGCUGUCAGUGCUUUCAAGCAAAUUAAUCUCCUCAAACUUCUAACUGAUGCAGGAAUCAAACCAAAUGAUACAUAUUACCCGGGAGAUGCAAUCAAUAAGGCUAUAGAAAAAGCGGGAUUAGGUGAAAUAACGGUGACAUGCCGAGAAGACGAAAAGGGAUUGAACGCUGUUUUGGAUUACAUUACACUUUGUGGUAAUAUCAAGGGUAACAAGAUAAAAUGUCCUGGAUCUUCCUUUUGGAUUUGCGAUGGUAAGAACGGCAAUAAAGUCAAAUUCCCCGCUUAAAGAUGCUAAGUGAGUAAAUUGUGAACAAGGGAAUACUCCCAAUUUGUCCAGAGCAAACUUUGAAUGUGAAUGUGUUGCUAUUUUAGUUUCCUAUAUAUGUCAGGAAGUAAUUAGUUUUGUGUUAAAUUUUAUAUCUAGCUAUUGUAAUUGAUGGAUUA